AUGGUGAGAGCAGCGACUUCUCAGACACUCACCGGUAAUGGCGAAGAUGAUGUUGGCGAAGAAAGCGAACACGCCGACCGUCGUUGCGAAACCACAAGCGCCAGAAUUGUCGCCAAACAAGCACACGGUUUCUGCGGUUCCGGCUUUGGUGGUCGUGAACCACCCUCGCGACGACACGCACCCAAAGACAAUGACGGAGAACAACUAAAUGAAUAA